AUGGGUUGUUGCCAAUCCUCUUUGUUCACAAGAGUAAAAGAAACCGAAACCGAAAAACAACCACAACAGCAACCACAACCCUAUCAGCAAUUUCACAGCAGUAACAACAACAACAGCACCGUGAGCGAAACGGAGAAGGAUUUUUCAGAUCCUUCUUCGUUUACGUUCUCGGAAUUUUCACUCUCCGACUUGAAAUCAGCUACGAAUAAUUUCAGUUCGGAGUAUAUAGUUUCCGAGAGCGGCGAAAAGGCGCCGAACUUGGUUUAUAAAGGUAGGUUACAGAAUCAGAAGCGGUGGAUUGCGGUUAAGAAGUUCAGUAAAGCUGCUUGGCCGGAUCCGAAGCAGUUCGUUGAAGAAGCUUCUGGUGUUGGGAAAUUGCGUCAUCCUAGGCUUGCUAAUUUGAUCGGUUAUUGUUGUGAUGGUGAUGAGAGGUUGCUCGUUGCUGAGUUUAUGCCUAAUGAUACUCUCGCUAAACACCUUUUUCACUGGGAAAAUCAGACGAUUGAGUGGGCCAUGCGGUUGAGAGUUGCUCUUUAUAUUGCACAAGCUUUGCAUUAUUGUACUUCUGAGGGUCGUCCUUUGUAUCAUGAUUUGAAUGCUUAUCGUGUUCUUUUCGAUGAGGAAGGUGAUCCGCGACUUUCUUGUUUCGGUUUAAUGAAGAACAGUAGGGAUGGAAAAAGUUAUAGCACAAAUCUUGCUUAUACACCUCCUGAGUAUUUAAGAAAUGGAAGGGUUACCCCUGAAAGUGUAAUUUACAGCUUUGGAACUGUUCUUCUUGACCUACUGAGUGGAAAGCACAUCCCUCCCAGUCAUGCACUUGAUAUGAUACAGGGUAAAAACAACAUGCUCUUGAUGGAUUCUCAUUUGGAGGGAAAAUUUUCUACAGAGGAGGCAACAGUAGUGGUCAAUCUUGCCUCUAAAUGUUUGCAAUAUGAACCGCGAGAGCGGCCUAAUACAAAGGAUUUGGUCACAACACUUGCUCCAUUGCACACUAAACCCGAUGUUCGUUCUCAUAUCAUGCUUGGAAUUCCAAAGCAAGAGGAAGCUCCAUCUACCCCCCAACGUCCUCUUUCUGCAAUGGGUGAGGCUUGCUCAAGAAUGGACCUCACUGCAAUACAUCAGAUCUUAGUUGCAACGCACUACAGAGAUGAUGAAGGGACUAACGAGUUGUCGUUCCAAGAGUGGACUCAACAGAUGAGAGAUAUGCUCGAGGCAAGGAAACGUGGGGACUAUGCAUUCCGUGAUAAGGAUUUUAAGAACAGCUAUUGA